CAAGGAGGGAACAAGGCCUGUGUCGGUGCCAACGCCGCAGACGAUGAGACGAGGCGGAAGAAGCAAGACGAGUGGAAGACGCAGCUGCUGCUGCUGAAGAUUCAAUCAGUCGAUCUCUCUCGCUCUCGCUCAUUCAAUUACUCCAACUAUCAGCCAAUCAGUUAGUGGAUUAGUUUGCAAGGUGGUCCAAGCUCGCAAUUCCGCCGCAAUGGCACUCAGUUGCGGCUCUAUCUCAACCUCCUCCUCUCUCUGCUGCCUUUCUCCCAUCGCUUGUACUCCUCCCGCAUCCCUCGCCUGCCAUUUCCCUCUCCGCGGGGGAUAUCUUCAGCUAGAAUCACGUCAUCUAGCUUCUAGUCUUGGUGGGUCGUCAGGUUUCAGGAAUAGGAAGUUGUCUGCGAAUUGUUAUGGUUCUGGUAUCCGAGCAUCAUUGGACAAUUCUUCUCCAGGGCCAGAAUCUCCAUAUUUUACAGAUGAAGAUAAGAAUGUUUCAAGAAGACAAGCAUUGCUGGCAGUGUUGGCUUUUACAAUCCCAGGUUCCCAAGUAUUUCAGCCACAAAGGUUUCCUCAAGCUUUAGCUGUUGAAGAUGAGCAGAUGAAAAUUGAGCUAAUUCAACGGGAACUGAAGAAGGUGUUGUCUAAGGGGAAAUCAGCCGGAGUUUUGCGAUUGUCUUUCCAUGAUGCAGGAACGUUUGACAGCUCUGACAACUCAGGAGGGAUGAAUGGUUCCUUGCUUUUUGAGCUGGAAAGGCCUGAGAGUGCAGGUCUUCAGCGACCAAUUAAGGUGUUGCAGAAAGCAAAAAAGGAGAUUGAGUUAGCCUUUCCAGUGUCUUGGGCCGAUUUGAUUGCUGUGGCUGGAGCUGCGGCUGUUUUGGAAUGUGACGGUCCUGUGAUUCCCGUUAGACUUGGCCGACUUGAUGCAUCUGGGCCCGACCCAGAGGGAAAGAUGCCUGAAGAGACACUUACUGCAAGUGAACUUAAGCGAACUUUUCAAUCGAAGGGUUUCUCUACUCAGGAGAUGGUAGCGUUGUCUGGAGCGCAUACAAUAGGAAAUAAGGGAUUUGGGAACCCCAACCUUUUUGAUAAUUCCUAUUUCCAAAUUCUGCUACAAAAACCUUGGAAAAUUGGAGGGCCAGACGAUGGGAUGACAUCUAUGAUAGGAUUAGCCACAGAUCGUGCGCUUGCUGACGACGAGGAGUGCCUGGAGUGGGUGCGUGUGUACGCAGCUGACCAAGGGCGCUUUUUCACCGAUUUUUCAGCUGUUUACACCAAACUAGUGAACACUGGUGCUCGUUGGACCCCUCCGCAAGCCUAGGAGGGCACUCAACUAUCUGGAUCACAUGCCUUCUUUCUAGAUUACCUCCAUUCAGAAUGGCAGAGUAAGAUAUGUGUGCCUCUUUCAAUCGCUUUAAGCCGUUUAGUAUGAAUAGGGUUGUAGAAUUCAUCGGAUGAGAAUUGUACAUGAUUCACAAUUUUUGAGGAGUCCAAAUUGGAAUAAAACACGAUUUUUAAAUACUCUA